AUGGGUAUCACGAGCAAACCAUCAAACAUUGCGCUCUGGGGACCCGACGUCUCUGAGAUAACUACACUCGUCCACACGCUUAAGGCCGGCAAAUACACGCAAGGCAGCGCGUCUAUCCAUCCCUUCAACGAGGAAAUUACAGUCGGGGAGAAGACUUUCGUUGCCGCCAUCCCCAGUGGUAACGAAGGGGCUCGUCGUUCCCACCGCCAAUCCCUGACCGACUACGACAGCAUCGUCUAUGUAGUCGACCCCACCGACGCUGACUCCCUCUCCACGUCGAAAGAGGAGCUCAACCGCGUCCUCGCUGAUGAAGCCCUUACGAAACCCAUCCUCGUCUUAAUAUCCAAACCGGACGCCUCGGGCGUUGCCAACGAGGGAAGUCUAGUACAGGAAUUGGGGCUGGAACAGGCUGUUGAGAAAGCUGAUGGGCGCGUCGGCGUGUUCGCUUAUUCCCUCUCGCCGGAGAAGAGCAAAGGGUUCGAGGAAGGUUUCCGUUGGCUCUUGCAGUCGUUUUAA